AUGGAUAUUUUUACAAGUAAAAAAUGUUUCCGGCAACAAACCAUGGACGCUCCUAGUUCCGCUGGCUGGUCAGAGCUCCCAGUGGACAUAUUGAGAUAUGUGUUGGAACUUUUGAGUUUUUUCGAUUUCCACCGCGCUAAGAUGGUGUGUUUGAACUGGUACUUGUGUUCCAAGCAAACAUUAAGGCCAAAAUUCAGAUCUCCGUUAGUGAUGCUAUGUCCAGAAGAGGGUGGCUGUCGUCUGUACAACCCUGAGGAAGAUAGGGUUUACAAGAGUGAUCUCUCAGGAUAUCAAUUUCUUGGAAACUCAGGUAAGUGGUUUCUGGUGGUUGAUUCUAAAUCAGAUCUCUAUAUCGUAGACGUGUUUAGCAGCCAUGAUAGGAUACUUCUUCCACGUCUAGAGACUCUCAAAGGUGGUACUCAUGAGAUUCAACGAGUAGGUGAAAACGAUUUCAAAGAGAAUUUAAUUAAGCGAGGUACUGCUUUUGCUUGGGGCCAUCACACUAGAAAAGACCUUAGAGGUCUUGUGUGGGUGGACGACAAGAAUGGAGACUAUGUUGUGGUCUGGAGAGUUUCCACCUGCCACUACUUGGGGUUUUGUAAGAAAGGUGAUGCUCAUUACAGUGAGAUUACAUUAGGGACCGAUGUUGUUCGUAGGGAGUUAAGAGGCGGAGAUGAUAUGGUUCUCAAAGGUUACAAUCUUUACUUACUCUCGUCGCGUCGAUACAUCCGACACCUUGAUUUGUCUGGACAAGAUGGUAGUGUCAAGGAUGCGUCAGUGUAUCAUAAGUUUCCUAUGUCGAUUCCAAUAGCUGAUGAGAGAGCAAUGAAUGCAUACAAGCCCAUCUCAGUUGGCAAUAACAUUGUUGUUCCAACAUCAGGAGAGCCCUUGUUUCUCUAUACCAGAGUUGACGAACCAACCUCUGGACGGCCUAGGUUCUUCCGCCUGUACAAGAGGGAUGCUAAAGAUCUAGACCAGGGGACCUUAGAUACAUGGCUUGUUGAGGUGGACUCUUUAGGUGAUGAGGCUUUGUUUUUUGAUUUGGGUAUCACCAUGCCUGCUGAUCACACCCUUGGUAUUGAGCCAAACUCCAUCUACUUCACCCGUAAUGACCGCCGCCGUUGCAGUUACACGAAAGGUUCAACUCCAUGCAUCGACGUGUGUGUGUACAAUCUUGCAACAAAGAACUUCAAACGCUUUACCAGUCUCUCCAACUUAAAAAUCAAUGAUGCCAUGUGGUUUCUCCCCUCUUGA